CGCCCACCGCCAGCUCCUCCAGCUCACCAAAGGUCAACUGAUAACGCAUACAACAAACAGAUAACGGCCCGUAUUGCUAUGUUGCUCACUCUCUUGCAUCUACUCACUCACUCAUUCACUCACUCGCCCCUCAACCAUCUCCACCGCAAACUCAUAUAAUAUCCCCUUCUUGGAUCAUGCCCAAAGCCCACCCAAUCAACCGUCAAAGAUGACAUCCCCUACAACCACCCGGCCACCUAUGCCGCCUUCGCCCAAGUCUAGCUUUGACGAACCCAAAGAGGAUGUUGUCGUCGAGCUUCGGGGGGUCGAUGCAAAAUACACCAAGCCUAUCCCUGAGAACAUUCGCAACCUGUCGGCGGACGAGUUGAAAGCCAUCGAAAAGAGGAUCGUACGCAAGGCGGAUAUGGUUAUGAUGCCUAUCAUGGGUCUCUUGUACAUCUUGAACUACGUUGAUCGUCAGAACUUGGCAUCUGCCAAGCUUCAAGGUAUCAUGACCGACCUCAACAUGACUACUCAGCAGUUUGCGACAGCAGUGUCUAUUCUAUUUGUGGGAUACCUCCCUUAUCAGAUCGUAUCAAACGUCCUUAUCAGCCGUAUCUCCCGUCCUGGUCUUUAUAUUUGCAUUGCUUGUGCCAUCUGGGGUGUCCUCAGCGCCUGCACAGCCGCCGUCAAAUCUUACGGUGCCCUCCUCGCUGUCCGUAUCAUGCUCGGUUUCGUCGAAGCCGUGUUCUUCCCGGGUGCUAUCUAUCUCCUAUCUGCUUGGUACACCAAGAACGAACUUGGUAAACGUAUCGGAGGUCUCUAUAUCGGACAGCAAGUCGGUAACGCCUUUGGGGGUCUUAUCGCUGCGGGGUGCUUGAAGCUUGAUGGUGUGCAUGGUAUCGCCGGUUGGCGUUGGCUUUUCAUCAUUGAGGGUGCAGCCACAGUCGGUGCCGCUCUUCUUUGUGCCUUUGUGCUUCCUGAAUACCCUUACAACGCUCGUCUCCUCAAACCUUUGGAGAGGGAGGUAGCUGUCUGGCGAUUGGAAAUUGAAGCAGGUGCAGCGGAAGGUAAUGAGAAGGUUGGAGCUUGGGCUGGGUUUAAAGAAGGCUUCCACGACCCCAAGCUUUAUGCGCUCAUCUUCUUCAACAUGAUGUCCCAGACUCAAGGUUCUAUUGCCAACUUCUUCCCUACUAUCGUUCAAACCCUUGGAUACAGUUCUAUCAUCACCCUUCUCCUCAGUGCGCCGCCAUAUGUCUUUGCAGGAGGCUACUACAUGGGUAUGACAUGGAUCAGUGACCGUUACAACAUCAUGUACCCCCUUAUCGUGAUCAACAUUUGCCUCGCCAUCGUCACUUACAUCAUCCCCAUGGCCACCCUCUCUAUUGGCGGUCGAUACACUGCCAUGAUCUUCAUGCCAUGUACCUCUGUCGGUCCUCAACUGCUACUUUACAAGACUAUCAACCACCAUAUGCCUAGACCUGUCGCCAAGAGGGCAGCGGCUAUUGCGUUGAUGAACGCUAUCGGCGGUACCUCUAAUAUCUGGGCGAGUUACCUUUGGUUUUCUGGACCAAAGUAUUACGCUGCCUUUGGAACCUUUAUUGGCGCGGCAGUUCUUUUCCUCAUCACUAUCACUGCUUACCGCUUCUAUGUCCGACGUGAAAACAGACUGCUCGACGGUACCCCCGAAGAAGUGGCAAGAGUUAUGAAGAGGGGUGUCACUCAAGAGCAGGUCGAUAUGGGAUGGAGGUAUGAGGGUUACUAAUAAGUAGAAUCUUUAGCUAUAAGGAGAAGGUAGGAUGAGGUGAUCCUUUGUUGUUUUAGGUACGAUACAUACGGUUCAGUCCUUGGCCGGUUUGUUAAAAAGGCAAUGUUCUCGAGGUUGAGUUUACGGGAAAUCGUCAUGUAGCACGUGGGAAAUAAGGUACUUUUAUUCUAUAAGUUGUCGGUCGGAUAUUAUGCAAACUGAGUUGUAC